UAUGCACAAGAACGUCAAAUGAGUUUGUGGUAAGCAAUCUCAUAAAGACCUAUGCAAAGAGUCGGACAAUGCGAUCGUAACAUUGUGCGUCAAUGGAUUGGACUUGCGAUCGAGGCUGUAGGAAAUCAUAGGCGCGAGAUCAAAGAGAAUUAAAAGAGACUCGAUGAGCAUCGUUAACUUCUAUCGUUCUAGAUUAUCAGCAGUGAGGCCAUGAAGAAAAGUGGAGGCGGCCACAGGAUCUACGCUCAGUGGCUCGCCGCACGUAACGAAACGAGAGACCGAGAUCCCAUGGAGGCCACACAGCCCGAUUCGGCGAUCCAACAGCUACAAUAUAUCAGCUUUUGAAAAUGCCAUUCCGCUCCGCGAAUUCAGACAAUCGAUUUCACAAAAUUUACACACAAUGUUACAUGUCUUCACGAUUAUAUUGGACUAUGCCGCUUUUUGCAGCAUCAUUCUCGUCACGGGAAUUGUAGUAAAAGUAUUAUACAACCUUUACCUACACCCAUUGCGCCAUUAUCCAGGUCCCCGAUUAUGGGCAGCAACUCGACUGACUUGGACAUGUUCUAUGCAAUCUGGAAAUUUCCAUCGCCAUCUCCGAGAUCUGCAUGAUCGAUAUGGUCCUGUAGUUCGCAUUGCUCCGGAUGAACUCUCAUACACCGAUGCCCGUGCCUGGAAAGAUAUAUACGGCAACCGCAAUAUUUUCAAGAACCGAAUCUGGGCAGGGCAAGAAGAAGCAACCCAUCCACUCAGCAUCGUCAGCACCGAUGAGGCCACACAUGUGCGAAACAGAAGAGCACUGAUGGGAGCAUUCACGGAACAUGCAGUCAUCGAGCACGCUCCUAUCCUGGAAUCACUUGUCGAUACCAUGAUCCAGAAUUUCAAGCAGGACGCUAUUAAGAACCAAGGUCGCAUUAUUGUGAACAUUUCAGACUGGCUCAACUUCCUCGCGUUCGAUAUCUCCGGCGCACUUUCGUUUGGUGAGUCCUUUGGAAGUGUAAAGCAAGGCUACGCGCACCCUUGGGUGGAAAUCUCGUGUAGCUUCGGCAAGGGUAUUGCUAUGAUGGCAUCAAUCAAUUACUUCAGGCCGCUUGACAAGUUGAUGAAGUAUGUGAUCCCCGCGAAGGUGUUGGAGAAGAUGCAAUAUCACAAACAGCUUGUGCAUGAGAAGCUGAUGCAACGACUUGCCAUGGAGCACAAAGCCAAGAGCCAAGAUUUUGUCGGUUCGAUCAUGGCUUAUAAUGAAGAGAAGGGCGAGGUCAAGAUACCAAUGGACGAGGUUGAAGCGAAUAUGACUGUGCUUAUCUUCGCUGGAUCAGAGACUACAGCCACGGCCAUGGUUUCGAUAUUUAUGCAACUGCUCAAGAAUCCUGAAAGAAUGGAAAGAGUGCAAAAGGAGAUACGAGAUGCCUUCGCUACCGAAGAGGAUAUCAAAAUAGCGAAUCUAUCACACUUGGAUUAUUUGACAGCUGUUAUCGAAGAAGGCAUCAGGUUAGGUCCUCCAGCUGCAGUUGGCCAACCACGGGUCACACCUAAAGAAGGGGAAAUGAUAGCCGGAAAGUGGGUUCCUGGAAAUACUUAUUUGGCUGUUAAUCAAUUUCCGACCUUCCGCUCGGCAACAAAUUUCACCAAUCCUGACUCUUUCAUACCUGAACGUUUCCUUCCAUCCUCCCCUUACCCGAACGACAAAAUCGCGUCUUUUGAGCCGUUUCUUCUCGGGCGCCACAAGUGUGUAGGUCAGAAGCUCGCGUGGGCCGAAAUGCGCAUAACACUUGCACGCAUAUUGUACGCAUUCGACAUCAAAGCUACUGUACCUCCGGGUGAUUUUGGGGAUCAGAGAACAUUUAUAUUCUGGGAGAAGAAGAAGUUGGAUAUCGAACUGAGGCCGAGGGAGGAGUGCUUAUAGCAGUGUGAUUCUUCUGUAUGUACCUGUCUCCUUAACAUAGACUUUUUACUGCCUCGUGUUAUAAAACAUAGCAGGAAGGUUAGAAUAGUGUUCGUUGGGGCUUUCUUAAUUUUUUCUAUUUCAUCCAAAAUCUAACAAUAAAGGUCUCUAAUAUUCUAACGAAUAAAUUGCUGCACGAAAUCUGCACCCAACCCAUUCCCCUCAUAGUGUUUCUGAG